CAGACCCAUAAAUCUUGACCAUCUCUGUUCUCUCUCUCUGUUUCACCACAACCCAUGAACCAAUCUUAUUCUUUAACCAUCUUCUUCUUCUUCUUCUUCAUCUUUGUUCUUGCUUGUGCUGAUGAAGAUCAAGACUUCCUAGACUGCAAUGUUCCUUUCAAUUGUGGAAAAUUGGUGAACAUCAGUUAUCCUUUCUGGGGCAAUGAUCGACCUAAAAUGUGUGGUCACCACCUGUUUGGGCUCGAAUGUUCUGAGAAUACAACUACCACUAUGUUCAUCAACCAGCAUGAAUACCAGGUGGAAGAUAUAAAUUCUUCUUCUCAUACAAUCAAAAUAUCCAGACCCAGAGAGGGAUGUCCUCCAACAAUCGGGAGCGAAACUUUGGGUUAUUCAUUGAAUCUCUCUUCCACUGUGAAGUACUUAAUCCUGUUUUACAACUGCACCACCAACCCUUUUCUCUUUCCUGAAUCAAGCUAUAAUUUCUCAUGCCCUGUCGACGGAACAGAGAAGGACGUGUUUUACGCUGGUAGGUAUGGUGAAGCUGAAUUGAAGGAUACAGCUUGUAAUGGAGAAGUUGAAGUUCCAGUUGAAGACGAGGUUCUUGGUGAACUCUAUGACAAUGGAGAUGGAAACCUUAGUGUGGCUUUGAAGAAGCCUUUCGGUCUGAAUUACUUUACUUAUAGAGUAUGUGAUCCUUGUGUGGCAUCUGGUGGAAAUUGUGGUACCAACUUGAGUUCUCCGACGCCUGGAACGCAGUUCAUCUGCUACUGUCAUGACGGACAUCAUCAGCCUUUUAAGUGUGCUGAUGACAAGGAUCAAUGGAAAUUGAAGCUGAAGAUCGGUAUAGGAGUUGGUGCCUCUUUUGGCAGUGUAGUCAUUAUGUGCAUCAUAUUCUACUUCUAUCUACGCUACCUCAGAAAAAAAAAUUCUCCCUCUUUAUACUCUCGAAACAUCUCUUCCUAUCCCUCGUCAGUGAGAGAUCAUGGUAAUGAAGAUAAAUUCAUAGGAGUCCAUACCUUCGGCUAUUCUGAACUCGAAAAGGCCACCAACAACUUUGAUGAAGCCGAGGAACUUGGGGAUGGAGGCUUUGGUACUGUCUAUAAAGGCAAACUCCGAGAUGGGCGUAUUGUUGCAGUCAAGCGCUUGUAUGAAAACAAUUACAAGAGAGUUGAACAAUUCUUGAAUGAAGUUGAAAUCUUAGCUCGCUUGCGCCACCCGCAUCUCGUUGCACUUUACGGGUGCACCUCUCGUCAUUGUCGUGAACUCCUCCUUGUGUAUGAAUAUGUUCCAAAUGGCACUGUUGCUGAUCAUCUUCAUGGAGAAGGCACUAAACCUGGUGAACUUACUUGGCCUAUUCGAUUGAAGAUCGCUGUUGAGACUGCAACUGCAUUAGCUUUUCUCCAUGUCAAUGAUGUAAUCCAUCGCGACGUGAAGACAAAUAACAUUCUACUUGGCAACAAUUUCGAUGUCAAGGUUGCAGAUUUUGGACUCUCACGACUUUUCCCAACAGAUGUCACCCAUGUUUCCACUGCUCCUCAAGGGACUCCUGGGUAUGUUGAUCCAGAGUAUCAUCAGUGCUAUCAGCUGACUAGCAAGAGCGACGUGUAUAGCUUUGGAGUAGUCUUGAUUGAGCUGAUAUCAUCAAUGCCCGCUGUUGACAUUACCAGACACCGUCACGAGAUUAAUCUGUCAAAUAUGGCUAUUAAUAAGAUUCAAAGUCGAGCAUUGCACGAGCUUGUAGAUCCUUCUCUGGGGUUUGAAACAGAGCCCUUGGUGAGACAAAUGAUAACUGGGGUGGCCGAAUUGGCAUUUCAGUGCCUUCAAAGUAGUAAGGAGAUGAGACCCUCAAUGGUAGAAGUGUUGGAGAAUCUAAAAGGUAUACAAAGUGAUGUCUACGGUGCUAAGGAGGCAGAGGAAACGGACAUUCGAGCAGAUGAUGUUGUUUUGUUGAAGACUAGUGAUCUUCAACUGACGACUUCACCGGUUUCUGUGAGUAUGAGUUGGGCUAGUGAAUCGACAACACCUACUACGAGUGCUUAAAUUUUCCUUUCUCAUUUCACUCAAUUGUAACAAGUGCUAUAACAUGAAUUGAGUGUAUUGACAGUUCCUGUAUUACAACAGGAUGUGUAUAUAAUAUAGUAGCUUUUAUGUGUCUUCUAAUAGUCAUCUUGGGGCAGUCUAAGUUCAUUCAAUUGAUUUUUUUUACUCUUUCUAUCAAUUAAGAGAUAAAAAAUGACUGUUUUAUUGUUA